AUGUACAGGAGGGAGCGCAGGGUGAAGUUUGCCACGCUAAAAGAGCUCUGUAUACUACAAAGAAUCAUCAACAAGAUCAGAAUGUCUGUGUACUUAUCCAAGUGCCUCAAGUGCAUCCGAAGGAAAAGAGGGGACAGAAUGGAGAUGUCUUGUCUGGACCUGGCUCUAGAGGGAGAGCGGCUGUGUAAAUCAGGAGACUACAAAGCCGGAGUGUCCUUCUUUGAAUCUGCCAUUCAAGUGGGAACAGAAGACCUUCAAAUACUCAGUGCCAUUUACAGUCAGCUGGGAAAUGCUUAUUUCCACCUUCAGGAAUAUAACAAAGCUCUGGAGUAUCACCGACAUGACCUCACCCUCACAAGGACAAUUGGAGAUGAACUUGGUGAGGCCAAAGCCAGUGGUAACCUUGGAAAUACUCUAAAGCUUCUAGGGCGGUAUGAUGAAGCUUUAGUUUGUUGCCAAAGACAUUUGGAAAUUACCAGAGCCAUGUACGACAAGGUUGGCCAGGCUCGGGCGCUGUAUAAUUUUGGGAAUGUGUACCAUGCCAAAGGAAAGAGCAUCUGCUGGAGCGGAGCGGAACCCGGAGAGUUUCCUGAGGAGGCGCGAGUGGCUCUGAAGAAAGCUGCGCAGUACUAUGAGUUGAAUUUGGCCAUGGUGAAGGAGUUGGGAGACAAACCAGCACAAGGCCGAACAUAUGGUAACCUCGGCAACACCUACUAUCUGUUGGGAGACUUCAAAUCAGCAGUAACAGCACACGAAAAACGGCUGCUGAUCGCAAAGGAGUUUGGAGACAAGUCUGCGGAGAGGAGAGCUCACUGUAACCUUGGCAACGCUCACAUAUUCCUCAACCAGUUUGACGUGGCAGCUAGUCAUUACAAGAGGACUCUGCAGCUGGCCAGACUUCUGAAGGACAGAGCGGUGGAGGCCCAAGCCUGCUACAGCCUGGGCAACACCUACACGCUGCUGCACGACUACGAGAGGGCCAUUGACUACCACCUCAAGCAUCUGGUCAUUGCACAGGACCUUAAAGACCGAGUGGGUGAAGGAAGAGCUUACUGGAGUCUAGGAAAUGCCCACACGGCUCUGGGGAAUCACGAACAAGCCAUGUAUUUUGCUGAGAAACACUUGGAAAUCGCCAAAGAGACUGGUGAUAAAAGCAGCGAGGUGACUGCGAAAAUGAACUUGUCUGACCUCCGACUAGUCGUGGGACUCAAGUCAAAUUCCAACAAUAGAUUAAACAUCUACCAUAACACUAAUACAAAUAGCUCAGCCCUACCUCCAGUUUACCCAGACUACAGCUUACCAGGUGACAAAAGUACUGACAAAACAGAAGAUGACAUAGAAAACAUCUGCCAUAGUCCAGAAAAGGCUGAGGAGUCAUCCGUGCACUCAGAGGAAGAUGUCUUUCCAAAGCCUUCCAAAGCUAACACCCUUAAAGCGUCCACAAAGCUGUUCCUUUUUCAACGGUUAAAAAGCAAAAAGCAGAAAAACAACCAAACGCCUGCUAAGGGUCAACCAGAAAUCAGAUCUGAGCUCUCCCCUGAGGCGGUCACACCAGUCAUAACUAAGAGCUCGCGGGACACGAUUGGGGAGGACGGCUUCUUCGAUCUGCUGUACCGCUUCCAGGGCAGCAGAAUGGAUGACCAAAGGUGCACUCUGCUGGAUGGCCACAGUCCUCUCCCUGCCCCGUCCUCCCCCUUAUCCACCCCACCUGUAGCAGAAAAUAAAUCUAUUUUGGAUCCCGAAGCCCCCUCUCAGGAUCCUGGUCAUUUCCUGGAGCUGCUGGCCAGCUCCCAGGCCCGUCGUCUGGACGACCAACGAGCCAGCCUGAACCAUUUUCCUGGCUUACGUCUCAGCACCUCCAGCCCGCUUCAUACACCGGACACCUCAGCAGAGCCAGCCCCAGCCCCAGCCCCAGUCCCCCCCAGUGCAGACUUCCCUCACACACGCUCCCUGUACGAUCGUCUCGAGGCCAGUGCUGAGCAGCCUGAGGGCGACGAGGUCUUCUUCGACAUGCUCGUCAAGUGUCAGGGCUCCAGACUGAACGACCAGAGGUGUGCCGCUCCUUCGAACAAGGGCCCUACUGUCCCGGAUGAGGAUUUCUUCAGCCUGAUCAUGAGGUCCCAGUCCAACAGGAUGGAAGAGCAACGUGUUACGGCGCCCCCUGCUGUCACACAGCCAAAACCGGACUGA